CAAUUGUGCUUGUGCAUCAUUAGCGUUAGCAUUACAUUUUUUGUCUACGCUGUGACCCUUACGUUAUUAAGCAUUAUUAAUUUUCAAUCAACGAAUUAAGGUCCGUGGAAAGUCGAAAAGCUUCGUCGAGUUCAUUUCUCGGAGGUGGUACCAGUGUGCUUUCCGUUUAAAAUCUCUUAUUUGUGAACCAAGCGUCCGAAUCAUCCGCGCUGUGUGUGUGUCUUGGUACAGAAUCAUCAUGGCUUUUCCAAGAAGAAGGAAUCCGAAGGCACUAAAGUAAUCAAUACGCGGCUAUUUUCUCUAGGUUCUAUUUUGCGAGUCGUCAGCGCGAAUUCUGCGACAAUGAGUAAUUUUGAAAAAGACUGCAAACACCUUGACUUUUUCAAUCUCUUUGAGAGUAUCAAAGAAGAAUCAAACAAAUAUGAUUUUUCCAUCAAAGCAGCAAAGGAAAACAAAAAUCUCAAUCGUUACAGGGAUGUCAACCCCUACGACUAUUCUCGGAUUAUCCUUACGAGGGGCAGCUGUGACUUCAUAAACGCAAAUCUAGUGCCUGUGGAGAAAGCACAUAGGAAAUACAUUCUAACUCAAGGACCCCUACCCAACACAAUAUCACAUUUCUGGGCUAUGGUUUGGGAGCAAAACAGCAAAUCAAUAGUGAUGCUCAAUAAAAUAAUCGAAAACAACCGGAUUAAAUGUCAUCAGUAUUGGCCAAGUAGAACAGAUGAUCCUUUGGAUUUAUCAGAUGUUUCUCUAAAGGUAUCUUUUGUAUCAGAAACAGCCUAUCAGUACUACACUGUCCGAACUUUUGAGCUAACUGAUACAGAAACAGAUGAAAAGCGGGAGGUGUUGCACUAUCACUAUAUGACGUGGCCAGAUUUCGGUGUACCCAAAAGCCCCAAAGAAUUUCUGCGUUUCUUGCGAGCCGUUCGAAAAAGCGGAUCUUUGGAUGAAAAUGUUGGUGCUCCAAUUGUUCACUGCUCGGCUGGCAUUGGGCGCUCUGGUACAUUUUGUUUAGUGGAUUCCUGUCUAGUAAUGAUUGCAGAGAACGGAGAAAAUUCCAUAGAAGUCCGAGAAGUUGGCGAGGUAUUGCUGGAUAUGCGGAAAUAUCGCAUGGGACUUGUCCAGACGGUUCAACAAUUACGCUUUAGUUUUCUAGCCAUCGUUGAAGGCAUGAAAUCUAGCUGGCUUCACAAUCUCGAAGAUUCACCUGAAGAUGAUGAAAAAGUGGAUUCUCAAAGUGAAAGCGAAGAAGAACCACCUCCACUGCCACCGCCUCGAACUGAGUCUUUGCGACCGGAAAGACCGGCACCGAUAUCAGUCGAAAGCUCUCCCUCAUCUUCACCGGAUGAAGAGUCACCUCCUGGAGCAUCACCAGCUGUCGAGGAACCAACAGGCGCAGCUGGGGAAAGCAAACCCAUUGAAAAUGGUGUUGACAAAGAUGGGGAAGAAGCAGUGCGUCAGAGGAAAGCGGUGCAAGCAGACAAGCAGAAGCGUCUGGCAGAAAAGGUCGAGGAGAUGAAACGCAAACAGGACGACGCAGAGUACUGGGAACGGAUCAAAAGGUCAAACAAACGACCCCGGCAUACUUAGUAAUGAUUGAAAUCAAGGAGAGAUUAAUUGAAAGGAGCUUCGAUAAGUUUGAAUCGGGAAGACAGGAAGGAAGGAAGACAGGAAAAUUCUUUGUGAGUAUUGUCCCAGUCUUAGUUGGCUCCUAACUGUUUGUCUUGCUUGACCCUGGCUGUUAACAGAUCUGGAAAAAAUAAGAUUUUAUCUACGAUGCCCAACUAUCUAUGAGCUUUGACCCUAAAUCGUGCGCUUACAAAUUAGAUUACUUAGCUAAACUAUGCGCAAUUCUUUACAAACUGAUACUAACAGCCCUUGGGCUGAAUGCAACUGAUAGAUAUCGAUACUAUAAAUUUUACCCAGUGGGUACAGCACUGUGUCGGAACGUUAGCCUCUGAACCAGGCAGAAAAUUUUCUUAUGGUCAGUACUUUUCUCUUCUACUGAUACUUUUAAGUCUGUAAUUAGUGUUCCAUUACAUUGAGACAAUUAGAGUUAUUCUGAAUGGUAAACUGAGAAAAUUUUCCACGGUUUACUAUCGACUCUUCGUGAGAGAAAAUCAGAUGGAAGUAUUUCUGGCACCGCCAGAAUAGACCUGAUUCUGCAAUGUAAAAGAAAGAAGCAAUAUAGUGACCUCAAAUUAGUUAGUCAGUGGUUCUAUUUGGUGUAAAUUCAGGUAUUUCAAAAUAGGGCAGUGAUACUCAACCUUUUUUGGCUGCAGAACAUUUCUCCACCAUGCAAAGAGGCUGCGGACCACCAACAAAAACUAACAACCUUUUUAUGUCAAAAUCGCUUUUACUACUUCAGGAAGAAUUCAAAAGAGAGUUCAAAAUUUCCAUGGUCAUAAGGUUUUCCUCUCCAUAUAAACUGUGCUUCUCAAACCAACAUUUUUAAAAUUUUUGAUAGGCUUUGGCCGACCACUGUUUAAGAACCGUUAAGAUAGGCUCCCACCAAUUACAAUUGCUCAUAGAUUUUGAAGAGAGGUCAUGAGAGCUUGCAGAUUUUUAUGUGAGGCUCCAAAUUUCUGUAUCAGCGUAGCUCAGAUUUUACAAAUUACAAAUUUUUGUUUGUGUGACGCCUCUGCCUUCUAUGUUUGUGUUCAAUUGUGUGUGGGAUAUCCCUGUCAACGAAUUUUUUUACACAUUGUCAAUAUUAAGGUAGUAAAUGUCAUGCAAUUUUAUAGUCCAAGUCCAACCAAGUCCCUCAAAAGUUUCCUACAUUUUCAAGAGGUUUUUGAGGCACAUUUAUAAUGGCCAGGAUCCAUGAAUUUGCCCUUUGGUUCAUUUGAUUAGUUUCUUUCAAAGUAAUAGGAUGCAUAAGUACUUUCACUGCAAUGAAUAUUCAGUGUCGUUAGGCUUUCUUGCAUGAAAUGAGUUGAAGUACCUCUGUCAUGUCAAUUAUUACCUUUCGCAAACUUCAUUUCUUUCAUUUUUGGUAGGUACACUCUACCUGUUGUAGAGUGUACCUUGUGUUUAUUCCCUAUUUGAAUCAUGAAUUAAAAAGAAAGCGACAGCUUCCAUUUCAUUUGUAUCUUUCCGUAUUAUUAAGAUGGGUGCCAAAAAUAAUUCGGCCAAAUCUUUCCAUAUUUUUUUUUUAAUAUUAGUAAUCAUGAUUUGUGCAGAUACUUUGAGUUCUAAGGUUGCUUGGUACAAAACAUGCUUGAAACUUUUAUCAAGGAAAACAAAGUCUCUCAUCAGAAUGUGUGAAAAAACUAACAGAUACGAGGCAGCAUCAUUUUUCUUAUCCCUUUGAGUAUUUUUGCUGAAUAGGCCAAAGCGCUAAUGGUGUUGUUUGCUACUUGCUCAGUUGAUGAUUUUAAAAUUUUUCAAACAAGUUGUUCGAAACGCCAAUUCUUUUUGCACUCAAGGUACUAGGAAGUAAUGAAUUUUUUUUAAAAAAAAUUUGACUGCACAUACAUUUACACCAAAAAAAUGACACCCGUUUGACGAAGAGGUUCAAUGUUGGCUGAAUUAUGCUCUUCUGCUAGUUCAUGUUUUCAUACCCCUCUGAACCUAUAAGGUUCUUAAAUUAAAACUUUCUCUUUGCCAUUUUCAAGAAAAUUGAAGCUGAAAAGUGAAUUUUUUUGCACAUGUACACUAUUGAAAGUGUAGUAUUUUCACAGUGUUGGAGUUUUCACCUUUGUUCACAAAAUGAGCCAACCAUAUGGGCUGGUCUGGUAUCAUUCGGGAGAGUUUUUAUUCUUUUUAAUUUUCAUUUAAUUUAUUUUACUUGUUGGGCUAGUUCCACCAGCUACUGAGAGAGUGCAUGAAUAUUAAGACACACAUCAUUUAUUUUCUUAAAACAGCAAAGAAAAUAGAGCUCUCCUUCUUCACCAAAUUGCCGAUACUGCAUUUUAUGAACUAGAAAACUUAGUUUGUAGCCCCAACUUUUUUGACAUUUGAUGAGAGGAAGUUCUAGUUUUGUGCCUUUUAUACAAUGGAAGUCAUAAAGGGCUUCCAUAAAAAGAUACGAAAUUGACCGCCUUUGAAUUGAGAUGAAUUGACGGUGAAAAUGCAGGAAUGCAUACCUUGUUUGCUGUGUUUCAAAAUCUUUGCUCCUGUUGAAUCUCAUCAAAGAAGGACAAACCAACGCUAUAGCUUGAAAUUGUUAUAGAGUUCUCUUCGUGCAGAGAUGAAAAAUCAGGGGAGUUUUUAAGGAAUGAAAUUGAGCAUUUUUCAGUUUAAAAAAUAAAGGUGGAUAGAAAGUUAGAAAUGUCGAAAACCAAGAUAUGCAUUCCCGCAGUUUCACCAUCAAUCCGUCAUCUUCGGUGAAAAUAGAACCUGACAAUGCUUGAUAAGCUUCCUUCAAAGCCUGCAUGAAUCAUGAUAAAGCGGCUCACUUAAAAAUGGCACACGCAACAAAGCAAUACAUGAGACAGUUUGAAAAUUGUUGCUGCUGUUUUUUUCCUUCAAUUGAAUAUUAUUAUGUAUGUAACAACGAACAGAUGCCACGGCUUGCUCUUGCUAAUUCCAUAUCACAUAGACAUUUUUCCAAGGAGAUCUACAGUCUCAUGUGUGGGAUUUUUUAAGCUUUCUGGUUAGUGAAAUCACCAACUGACGAUAAAAUUCCUCUUUUCACAUAUCCUGAAUGCAAGCUGAUUUGGUUCAAUCUCAAAUUUUCAGUCAAAAAACUCAGUCUUUCCUGCAUUUUUUUGCUCAAGAUUGGGUGGAAAAUGUAAAAGCUGGUCCAAUUUAGUAAGAGAGGAGUGAUUACUUGGUCGGUUCCAAAUCCUCCAACUAUUACUGAUACAGUGUUGUUUAUUUUAAGACCAAUCAUAUACCGCAAAGAAAUUUUACUUUUAUGUAAAGGACUACACUUAAGUUGAAAGACUGACGAGCUAUGAGAAAGUUCUGACGUAACAAGCGACAGACGAGUAUUUUAAUGAUUGCAGAUCAUGGAGCGUGAAAUGGACAGACCCUCUAUGGCAUGAAUCAACUUCGGAUUUCGGAUUCUUGGGGCAUAAAAUCUAUGCUGUAGCUUUUGUAAAAACAUUGAGUCCCAAAUUCCUCCCUUCAAAUGUCGAAAUUUUGGUAAUCGUUUUUUCAAAAAAGAAAAAAUUGAUAACAGUUUGCAACAUCAUGCAACAGAGAAAUAGUUAAAUUUUCAAAAAAACCAAAAAAUGCAUUGUUUUGAAUGAGUAAUACUAUGCCAUGGAGGGUUAACUAGAAUAAGCCUAACUACAUCAGACGUAGGGCAAUUGUCACGGAUAAUUUAUAUUUUAAACAGAAAGCUAAACAACACUGAAACUUCAAGAUUUUUCUAGAUUAACCUUAGCUUUUCCACCUUAAUUACAUUCGCAAACUUACUUGUGCAAAUGUUUACUUCACUGGAGAUAAAUUGAAGAUAGAAAAGACCGUGAUAUACACUCCCUUUGUCUUAACGUCCCUUUCAUACCAUUUGUGGAAGGGUGAUAUCUAUGUUUAUUUUGUAUGUACAACUUAGCAUUCUGACCAAACUUUUCAAUUUUUAGUGUCGCAGCCUCAUGUAACAGAGUAAUUCUACAACUGAAUUAAAAAAAUAAAUUUGUAAUAAAACUAAAUAUUUUAAUCGAAGUUCUGAAUGUAUCAAUUACUGUCUCUUUCCUGACAGGACUGUAAACUAUUGCUAAUUUUUCAAUGAAAAAUAUCGGUACAUAGUAGCUCACAUUUUCUCAGAGAUCCUUCAAUUUUAUACCUCAAUAAUUCUAAAAAUGUAGCCUUCAAAAAUGAUCAAAUAAAUAAGUCAAUACAAAUUAUUACAUUCUACGCAA